CUCGCGCUAUCCCGCGAGGCCGCUCUUUUCUUCGCGUCCGUCCCCCCCUCGCUCGCCAUUUUGUGGCUAUUUAUUCGGCUCAGGCUAAGUGAACGAUGCUCGGGCGCACGCUUCUAGCUUCGUUAUUCGUAUCCGCGGUGUUAGCGCAGGAUGGGGGGAUCUCGGGGCCGACGUCGAGCAGUGAUGCUGCUGGGUACUCUUGCGAUACGUCCAAGUGCCAGCUCCCGGACUGCAAUUGCGCCAGCACGAGCCCGCCAGGUGGUUUAGACCCUUCCCAGGUCCCUCAGUUCAUCGUCUUCACCGCCGAUGAUGCUAUCCAAUCGUACACAUUGGACUCGGUCAACCAGUUCCUGGCUCAGCGCAAGAACCCUAAUGGCUGCACGCCCAAAAUGACAUAUUUCACAUCGCUAAACUACACUAACUACACUCUGGUAACGGAUUGGUUUGUGGCUGGGAACGAAAUCGCCGAUCACACUAUGACCCACGUCGGUACCCCUCCGGAGGAGGAAAUCAACGGCAACUUAAUCGCUCUCAAUGCCCUCGCUGGCAUCCCGCUCUCCUCCAUCAAAGGAUUCCGCGCUCCCUACCUCAACUACAGCGUCGACACCCUCAAGAUGCUCGCCAAGGCCCAGUUCCUUUACGACUCCAGCGCGGCCGCGUCCAUCCCGGUCACUGACUCAGGCACUGACGCCUACUGGCCGUACACGCUCGACUACGGCAUGGCGAACGACUGCCUUGCCGUUGAGGGCAGCUGCAAGGGCGAGCCGAAGCUCCCUGGGUUCUGGGAGAUCCCGAUGUACGCAUUCUUCGAUAACCGCGGCGUCGCGGGACCGCACUUGAUGGACCCGUGGCUCGACUCCGCCAACGGCGCGAGCGCGGUGAACGACUCGGCGACCCUGGAGUACAUGAAGAAGACUUUCACCGACCAUUAUAACGGGAACCGGCAACCGAUUGGGCUGUACACCCACCCGAUCCACUUGUCGCGAACGUACCCCGGCGUGGAAGUGUCAAACUCGACUAUCAAUAUGAUCAACGCGUUCCUGGAUUGGGCGCAGGAACAGCAGAACGUGUGGAUCGUGUCCAACGAGCAGCUGCUGGACUGGGUGCGGCACCCGGUCCCGGUCUCGCAGCUUGAUUCUUUCGAUUCGCUCAAGUGCUCUACGCCGCAAGUAGACUCUGGCAAGAAGAUCUGCAAUGGCAUGCCCCAGAACGAGGCGGGGUUGUUAUCGCAUUGCGCGUUCCCGGACUUCCCAUUCUAUACUUGCUACGGUUGUCCCGAGGAGGAACCCACACCUAAGAAUCCUAAUCCGCCGCAACAAGUGCCGGACGGCCAGCAGGCUCGUUACCGCUUGCCCAGCAAUUGCUCGACGCCCUUCUGGGACCCCAUCGCCGGGCAGUGUAUCUGCUCGUCCGACGCAUGUGCAUUCAGCGACGACUCUCGUCCAAUCGGGCCUAAUGGCGCUAAUUUGACUGGCGGGGGCACCGGCGGGAAUUUCACGGACAGCGGUUCCACGCCCACGGCAUCAUACACCCCGUUCAGCUCCGCGCUGCCCACGCUGCCGCAGGGCUUCUGGUUGGCGCUCGCCCUUGCCUGCGUCGGAGGCGUCGUAGGCUCCCUCGGUGUCAUCGACAAGCUAUAGGCUUGCCGCGGCAACAAAUUCUCGUUCACAACCGGAUACCUAAAUUUCGGAUUCGUUGGCAUUUCGGACAUGGUAAUGGAACUUUAGUACCCGCGUAAUUUCGCAUCUAGCAUCGGGACAUCAUUGAUGUAUAUAGCCACAUAUUUCUGUCUUUACGACCAUUUCACGCGUUCCUAGUCCUACCAAUUUACCUAAUUUGCAUUGUUA